CAGUUACCACAGUUAAACCAGGGGAACUAUCGGAAACACUGCAGAAUCAGAAGAGAAAAUAGACAUUUUUCUAUAUUUCAUCCUGUGACUGCAGUGUCACUGCGAGCAUUGUGUUUGAUUCCUAAAGCGUAAAGAAAAAAAGAAAAGGAAUUUUAGUUAGUAACGGAAUCUUUUUUAAAAAAUCAUUCCUCCGAAGAAAGGACAUUUUACCUGGAAAAGGGGGGAGAUCAGGAAGCAUUCAAAAACAUAAGUAGUAUUUUGAAAAUUAAUUGAGGACAGUUUUGUUAAGACACACCAUGUCAUGUCUUGUGUCACUCUGUGUUUCACUUUGGCUGGUUGCGCUUGCCGCCAGGACAAGUGCAUCACCAGAUGAAGACAUCAACGUGUUGGUGGUGCUGCCUGAGAACAACUCCUAUGCCUUCUCCAUCUCAAGAGUUAAACCCGCCAUAGAGUACGCAAAGCAGGGCAUUAAAUCCAGAGGAGGGCAGUUCUCCCAACUCAACUUCAACACUAAGUAUGUGAAUUCAGAGUGCGGUAACAAUGCGCUCUUCGCGUUAGUAGACGAGGCGUGCGAUGCGAGGCCGGACCUGAUCUUGGGUCCCGUGUGCGAGUAUGCGGCCGCUGGGGUGGCGAGGGUGGCAUCACAUUGGAACAUCCCGAUGAUAUCAGCAGGUGCCCUGGCCGUCGCCUUCGACAAUAAAAAGCCAGAGUAUAUGCAUCUGACUCGAAUUGCCCCAAGUUACACGAAGAUGUCCGAAACGUUUUCCUCUCUGUUUGAACAUUUCGAAUGGAAGAACGCGAUGCUUAUCUUUGACGAUGACAAGGAGGAGAGGAACUGUUACUUUACGAUGGAGGGGGUCUACAACAUUCUUUCUUCGGAGGGUUACACCAUUGACCCUCACCCUAUAAACUCAAAGGAGGAGAGACUCUAUGCUGAUGAAAUCGUCAAAGCCAUUCACAGCGAAGUUGUCGUGAUUUGUGCAAAUGGAGACAUUGUGCGGGAAAUCAUGUUAGCAGCCCACCGACGGAGACUGACCAAUGGCAGUUACAUUUUCUUCAACAUCGACCUCUUCAACUCAACUGCAUAUGGAAAUGGCUCGUGGAGGAGAGGCGACAAAUACGACAAUGAAGCCCGGGCAGCUUACAGAGUCCUGAACACAGUGACUUUGCUGAGGACCGUCAAGCCUGAAUUUGAGAACUUCACCAUUGAGCUGAAGAAGUCUGUCCAAAAACAAGGGAGUCACAACUGUAAGGACUGCGACAAUGUCAAUAUGUUCAUUGAGGGUUUCCACGAUGCUCUGCUGCUUUACGCCAUUGCACUGCACGAGGCCAAGAAGAGUGGCUACAGCAAGAGAGAUGGUGGCCAGAUCACGCACCACAUGUGGAACAGAACAUUUGAAGGCAUCACUGGCCAGGUGUCUAUAGACCUCAAUGGUGACAGAGAGGGAGAUUUCUCAGUCAUGUCAAUGACUGAUUAUGAAGCAGGAACCUAUGAGACCGUGUUGAACUACUAUGGGAUCGACAGAAGCUUCCAGUCGCUGCUGCCCGCCAGCGACAAGUUCCAGUUGCACGGGAAGCAGCGGACUCUUACCACCCAGACAGACACCGGCCAUGCCGACAUGUCAUCAUCAGGUGGACUAGGGGUAUCGGCUGUAACUGGUAUCAUAGUCGGAGCGCUUCUUGGCACAGCCUUACUGAUGGCAUUCUAUUUCUUCAGGAAGAAUUACAGGAUAACCAUCGAGCGCCGGACGCAACGUGAGGAGUGCAAUGCUGGAAAGCACCGGCAGCUUCGAGAGGAUUCCAUCAGGUCAAACUUCUCUACGGCGUAGAGCGACAUCUCACUCAACCCCUACCCGCCCCCACCCCCCUCCUCCUCCAAAUAAAUCCCUUUGCCUCCACUACCCAUCCCCUUUGCCUCCACUACCCACCCACUCUCAACCCCCCUGCCCCCCUGCCCCCCCCAAGCACUCCCAUCACAUUGCCACGGCUGCCAUCUCUGACUCCAGGAAAGUGUGUCUUAGAACGUGACCAAAGACUCAGUGAGAAAGCUGUCAAAAGGAGUCAUGCUAUUUAAAGACAUGCUUCAAGUGUUGUUGAUAUUAUCUCAUAUUUCUUUUCUCGAGUGCAUGUGUGUGUUUGUUACAUGAGUGAUUGAGUGUGUGUAAGUGGUGUUGUUUUUUUUUUCUUUUGUUUGUUUUUACUUUUCGUAAACUCAGGAAAGUUGUCUUAAUCACAGAGUGCCAUUUGAAAGGUAUCUCAUCUCUAUUGAAAAAGAAAAAAAAAAUAGUGGAGACAUCGCCACCCUGGCCCUGCUAGAUUGUUCUGGAUCUCAGGAGAACCUGUUUUCCCUUCAGUGUGUAUUAAUCUGGUGCACACAGCAGAUUGAUAUGUAUCCACACUGAUCACAUCUCUCUGAGUGUUUUUGCUUCACAUAGGCAGUGGCCAUGAUGGGACUGUUCAUUACGCGGAGAAAGGUGUUCCAGACUUUCUAACGGAAAGCAAUAAAAUUUGCUCUCUCGCAAAUUUUGCAAAGAAUGAAGCUCCAUAGAUCUAGAUAUUCCACUGCAAGAAAUAUACCUGUAAUUAAGCUUAUUAUAAACAGUGCGCAGAGCUCCUAUUUUGUAUUUCAUGUUGUGAGCCAUGUGACCGUGACCAGUGACACGACAAUGGCACAAACUAUGGUCUUAUCGAAGCACCGCCAUUACUUCAGCACAGUAUAGAAGUGAAACCCAUGUGUGAGAAGACUUGGCUCACAACUGGUUUCAAUUAUUGUAGCUGUCUUUCGAUGAAAACCAGAAAUUUACAGGCAGUUUUUCAGAAGCCUGUUCUGUAAUUCGCCCCAUGUCUUGCCCUGAUUAAAUCAACAGAAAAAAAGGGGAUUUCACAAUAGCAAUCAGCUCCAAGGAUCUGAGGUCUCUUUGGGUCAGAGCCGUAACGCUUUUGAGUAAUGGACACUCAUAUCACUGUCAGGACGGACCUUGAUUGUCUCUUUGUGCAAAAGCAGUGGGAGUUUCAAGCACACUCGUCACAUUAUUUAUGUGAGGCUUCUGUGUGUUCCGUGGAUCUGAACAUUUCCUAGAGCUUGUCAGCAUGUAAGGUCUCUGUGCAUAUUGCUGCCAUACAGUUCAGUUUCAGCGUAACCAAUUUCUAUCACUAAAAGUGCAUGGUUACAUUAUAAACAGUGCUAAGGUUAUCCAUAGAGCAAUGCAUAUUAUAGCACUGUAUAUGAAGGCAAUAGUCUGGAUUAUUCAAAAAGUAUAAACAGCAAACUGUAUGUAUGUUUAUGAACUGUUUUGGAAAGAUACAUUAAAACCCAGGGCAGUGUUUUAAAAGAGUAGGGUGAUAAUAGACUAUCAUCGGUUGAAGUUGGUUUGGCCGCUUUCUCUACUGACUUUGGCCAGGUUUCCCAGAUUCGUUAAGAAGCUCUUAAGUGCUAAGAACUUCUUAGGAGCAUUCUUAGAACAUUCUUAGAGCGCUCCUAAGAAGUUCUUAGCUCUUAAGAGCUUCUUGACAAAUCUGGGAAACCCGGCCAUUGUCGUUCAUCGCUAUGCAUUGGUAGUGAAAUGAGUCGGCAAGUAGGCAGACCAGACUAGGGAGCCAUAGGACAUAACAUCGUACAUACAUUUGAAGAUUGCAAUGCACAGUACUCUCUCAUAUGUUUGCUAUGAGGCUAAUCAAGUAAUGCACAUAAACGUUUAAACAUAAUGAGUAGGCUGUGUGCUAUGAUCCCCACUGCUUUUUCUGUCAUCACUGGAUAGAGGAACACAAUGAGACAAUGUAAAAGGUAGCAUGGCGUAUUUUACUUCUGAAGAGAUCCGACAUCUGUUAGAGUCCACUAAUAGCUGGUAGUCUUAUAAAUUCUUGUGGGAGGUGUUCUAUAGAGAGUUUAUGUAAAUUAGAUAAGUAAUGUAUUUAGUAUUAAACUGAAUAAACCAUCUGAAAAAUAGAGCUGUAUUAUUAUCAAUCUAUUGUAAAUAAUUAUGAUCACAUUGAAUGUUAACAGUGCCAUGUUACAUGUCUUGAAAUCGUGAAAUUCCCCAAUCCUAUUUUCAGUAACCCCAAAUGAAGCAUAUAAUCAAUUUUGAAAGGAUAACUUAUAUUUACAAUAAAUCCCCAUGAAGUCUGCCUAUGGGAAAAAAAUAAUAAUCAUUUGCAGAAAUACUUUGGAGUGAAAAUAUUGGUUCUAAUAUCAGCCAAGUGAGUGUUCCCAAGGACUCCAUCUGGUUGAGACUGUCAUGGUUUUGUGGAUUAUGUUUUGGUUAUUGGCAUUGAAAAUCCUAAGCACUCAGUGCUAAACUAUUUUUAAUGAAACUUUAAAUUAUAUCAUUUUCACUCACUCCGCACCAGUCUAAGGAUGAAGAGCAUACCCAUGCUGUUGUAAAUAUAUUAUGUGUUAAUCUUACUACUAAUAGCUAUUGUGAUUGGUGGACAAAGCUAGAAUGUGGUAAUAGCAUUAAGAUCAAUCAAAGACAGUGUUUUAUUCCUUUAAUAUUCCAUCAAUAGUGCUUCAAAAGUGACUUUUUAUAAGUGAAAUUUUUAUUGCACAUGUAAAAUAUUGAAAAUAGAUUUAUCUUUAGAUUAAUUGUAUCUGAAAACUCAAGGAGGACCUCCAAAUACAACAUCAGAUUAAUUUCAUACUGUAUUUAUAUCUUGGGUAUUUGUCUACUCUCCAGAUGUUUGUUGAAUGCGACACAAUGAGUUUGCCCGUAACAGAAUUGAUCAGGCUAGGGGGGGAGAAAAACACGUGCUGAUGUAAGUAAAUGUAUCUGCUCAUAAUGUUAUAUAAUUGUUGUUAUUUAUUGAUACUUUUUUAGAAGUUCAUUUUUUUUCCUAGUGUUGAUUUUAACGUUAAUUUUUUUUGUGUGUGAAAUACUGUACCCUUUUGACAAAAAAAAAAAAAAUCUAAACUUAGCUUUUUUUCAUGAAAACGUGGUUCAGCUAAUAAUACAUGUUUAUGGCUUUGUAAACAUUUCAGCUUGAAAUGUAACUUAUUUAGAUUUAUCAAAACAUAUAUUGACAAAUAAAAAUAAAAGAAAAUACA